AAACCCCCUUGACCCUGGUUUCCUAGUACACGUCCAAAAUUUUUGGAAAUGCAGCUUACGUAGGUGGAAGGCAGAGGAUAAAUGACGGCGUGGAGAGAGCCACAGCCACCAGGCAGGGCAGCACAGAGGACAAGAGCCACCACACAGCCACCAUGCUCCCUGCAAGGACUGUCCUGCUGUUCAGCCUGCUCCUCACCCUGCACCACACCACAGCCCACUUUGCACCUGUGGAAUGCUGCUUUAAAUAUGCACAGAAACGCAUCCGACACCCUCAAAGCUUCUACGAGACAUCCAAAGACUGCCCCAAGCCUGCAGUUGUGAUUGUGGCUGCCAAUGGUGAUGAGAUUUGUGCCGACCCCAAGAGGGACUGGGUGGAUAAAAUCAUAAAACGGCUUCAAAGGAAAAAAUAAAAUCCAUCCACCAUCUGAUUCGCCCCUCCAGUGUUCCUGUAUCUCGAGGGAGCCAACGGUGCUGGCAGCUCUUCUCCAACGGGUGCUGUGGCCGUGGGCACUGCGGGAGGAGCCGUCCUGUACCCUGGCAGGAUCAGGUGUCACAGUGCCAUGGAUCAGUCAGCGAGCUCCUCCUGCUGUCACUGCCCUGCAAGAUGUGCCUGUGGAGCAAAUAUUUAUAAUAAAGCCUC